AUGAGUAACUAUGAGCACAAAGACGGAAAUCUUGCUAUUGAUACAGUAUUGUAAACUUUAUACAGAGCGAUCGAAAAGCUUAAAUCUCAAAAUGAGAAGCUUAGAAAUGAGCUAAAAGUUUUAACUCGAGCCCUAGAUGAAGCUCUCGACAAACAAAAAAAAGAAGAUCGCCAGCGUGCACGCGUUCCAGUCCGCGAAGAACAAUUAAACGAAAACGAACAAGAACUUGAAGCUGUCUACUCCCGCAUCAAAAAAUACAAAAAAGACAUCGACGCUAUGAAAAAACAGUUAGAUGGCAAUCUUAACGACGCUAAAAUAAAAGAUCUAGAAAAUCAGUCAAAAUAUCUCAAAAACAGAAUCAAAGAACUGGAAGACGAAAGCUCAUCCCUACAAAAAAUCGAGCGGGAACAAAAAAAAGCUUUAGACGCCGCUGCAAAUUGCCAGGAUUAUCCACAAAGGGUAGAGUCUUUGAUGCAAGAAGUAAAAACGCUGAAAAUGCAAUAUAGAGAAAAAUUAAAUAAGCAGAAAGAAGAUGAAAAAAGACUGAAGGAGCAGCAUGAGAAAUGUGUGGAUUUAGAAGAAAAAUGCAGGAAACUGAAAAGCUUGGAAAAGCAGAGGAAAGGGAUUGUAGAUGAAGAUGAGCCUAAGCAGAUUGAAGCAAGUGAGAGAGAUUUGGAAAUUCUUGAGGCGAAAAUUAAGGAAACAGAAAAUAUUCAAUUUUAGGGUGUUAAAAAAAUUUAAAAAAAAUAUUUUUUUAUAGGAAAAAAAUGGAGAGAUAAGCGAAAUUGGGCAUAAGAAAAAAGAUGAAGAACAAAGAUUGAAAAAAAGGAUAAGGGAGUUAGAAGCACAUAUAAGGGAAAGUAAGCACAAUUUGGAACUAUUAAAGGUAAAACUUAAAGAAAAAGAUCAAGAAUGCAGAAUAAGCAUGCUGAAAAUGAAAGAACUAAGAAGGGCUGCACAAAGUCAGCUUAAGCCUCUGCCUAAAUUUUCAGCAAGAAAAGAAAACUCAGAAGAAAAACCUCAAGGGAGGCUAAAGUCUCAGGACUCUGAAUACAGCCAGUUUUCUAAAUCAAGUAACCCUAAUAAAGAGCUGGAAAGCCAAAAAGUCUAUGAAGACUCCCCACAAAAUAAAAGAAAAUCCAGCUCAUCCAGCUCUUCAUCUGAUGAAGACAAAAAAAAAUCUAAAAAACAUCAGCAUAAGCAUGGGAAAUCAUAA